CUAUACGUGGGAAAAAGCUGUGUUGAUUGCUGAAAGGGCAAAAAAAUAUUCGGCUUUUUUUGUGAAUUUGUUGCUUUUAUUAAUUAAAGCAAAUUUUUCGGAUCCUGAAGUGAAGAAAACAACAAGUCAUCAAAAAUGACGAUCGGAAAGAACAAUAAGAUGAUGCAGCAUCUGAACUAUCGUGUUCGUAUAGUUCUACAAGAUUCCCGUACGUUUAUUGGAACAUUUAAGGCAUUUGACAAGCACAUGAAUUUAAUAUUAGGAGAUUGUGAGGAAUUUAGAAAAAUUAAGCAAAAGAAUGCAAAACUUCCUGAUCGUGAAGAAAAAAGAGUUCUUGGAUUUGUUCUAUUACGUGGUGAAAAUAUAGUAUCAUUAACUGUUGAAGGACCACCACCUCCUGAAGAAGGUUUACCUCGAGUUCCAAUUCCAGGAGCUGGUGUUGGACGUGCAGCUGGUCGAGGCUUACCUCCUCCAAUGGCUGCAGCAGUUCCAGGUGGAUUAACAGGACCAGUUCGAGGCAUGGGAGGUCCAGCUUCUGUUCAUAUGGCACCACAAGGAAUGCCACCAAGACCUCCAAUGGUUCCAGGAAUGGUAGUUCCACCUAGAGGACCUCCACCAGGAAUGAUGCGUCCCAAUUUCCCUCCUCGAUAAACUGCAAAAUCUGAUUUCAUCAUAAAACAUUUGAGUAUAAGUAAACUUAAUUUUAAUCUAUUCCGAUUCUGUGUGUAAAGCAUUUUCAAUUUGAAAUAAACUGGAUUUUGAAAUUUACAUCUGAAA